CAGUUUGGAUCCUGCUGUGUACGGUGUCGGUCGCGGUUUUGUAUGGGUCCAAUUCGAUCGCGGAAAAUAAUUAUUGCGUCGUUUCGAAGGGAUGGGUUUUAUUAUUUUGUAACAGUGAGUAGUGGUGAGUGAUAAGGGGACUCAUUGGUAUGUACGAUGAUAUAAUAAAUUAGUUUUUUAUCUUGUGGAAUAUGGCGAUCGCCUAGAAUUUACAUUUUUCACGAAUAUUGAGAAUUCAAGGGUGUGCUGGGUAAAAUCGAGCUAAUGGACAACAGAGAGCACGUUCGGUGCAGUCAAAAGUUGGGAAUUAACACGGUGAAUGAUAAUUCACCGUAUUAGAAUAUAAUAUAAUUUGAUUUUAUGGUCAAAAUCGACUGGAUUCGAAGGUGUUUACGUCUCCGGUGCCUUUCCGAACGCUCGCUUGUCCGACCCCCACACUCGCGGCUCGCGUCACCGGCCUUCCUUUGUUCUGCGAAGUAAACGCAGGGGGGGGCUCAGUCUGUAUCCUGCCGUGAUCUGUGCCGGUUGAGUUGUUAUUUGGGGAUAAUUCUAUCGCGGAAAAUAAUGAUUACGUUGGUGCCAAGGGAUGGGGUUUAUUAUUUCGGAAAAGUGAGUGAUAAGUGAGUGAUACGGGGAUUCAUUGGGACAAUAUAUUAGGCGGUAUGGACACUGGUACAACGCAUUAGGGGGUAUGGAUGCUGGUACGACGCAUUAGUCCUUUGUUCUCGAGUGAAUAUGGCGGCCGGCCACGGCUAUUCGCGUCUACCAAACGUUCGUUUGUUAAUCACCAAUUGACUCGAUUACAUGUGAUUAAUCCAGAGGAUCGGAAUCAUUCUAUAAGUGUGUGUAAAAAAAAUCUCUAGUAUUCAGAAAAUGUGUGUGUGUGUUUGUGAAAGAGAUAUCUGUGAAGUGAUUUUUUUUUUCUAAAAAAAAGUGAGUGGGUGCUUCGGCCAUCAUUGUUGGGGAGGUGAUGCUGGGAUCGAAGCUUCGAGAUGCAGUUUGGCGGGAAAGGUCAGUGGCGUAAUACAUUUCACCAGGAGAUGAUACAUCUGCGAAAAAAAACAACCGGAGGCCCUCCAAGGAUUUGAAAUAAAACAAGAUUAAAGACCGCCGUCACCCGGUUGAAUCGACAAUUCCAGACUUGGCGUAUUGCGGAGCCACGGAGUUCUCCAAAGAUAUAAAAAUCACAGGCAGACGCAAGAACGAGCAACGAUGUAGAAACAAAAAGUCCCGCGCCUCGUGAUUUGCCGAGAAGUCCGUCGGGAGACGAUAAAAUUGGUCAUGAAAUUGUACAAGCGACAGCGAGUAUAUCCCACCACCGAUGAGGAUCACCCCACCCGGAGCCACUCCAGAAAUCUGAAAUAAUAUUCAUAACAGCCGAUAGCAGCUAGUGGCGAAACCCAAGAGCCCUCUCAACAGCGCUUUCGCUGGAGUGUUUAAUUUCAUCGAGGUUUUUCAUCAUCCCCUAAUGAGGGUCCAACUGCCAGGGCGGCAAACUCGGUGGCAGUGCUCAGUCCCGCCACUUGCCACCAGCUCCCCCAAAUGAUCAUCCCCUUCAUACAGCAAUGAAUCCUUCCACCGGCGUCACUACAACCGUCAGCAAAACUGAAAUUGACGACACAGCUAUGAGAAUAAAUAUCUCAUGAUAAUUUUUGUCAACUUGAAAUGAUAUAAUCACAGCGAUUACCAGUUUCACGUGAACCACGAAAUAUCAUCAGUCAGCGUCCGCAGUCGUUCUCGGUUGCGUUGAAUACACGCAUUCCCCCAGAAAUACAUUGCCAUCACAAGUGGAAAAGCGGAAUGAAUUAUUCACCGCUGAUGUGUACAACGUUGUGCGCAAGGGUGUUCGUCCGGUGACAAAGUAUCGCGAUUUGCGUUUAAUCACGAUUUGCAAUUCGUCCCUUCCGUUGGCGGAUCGAUCCGCUGUGCUAAAUUGGAAUAUUUGGAAGUCAGCUAAUGAGAAGUCACCACGUGUCAACAGGGAAGAAGUAAUUCACCAGGAGCUCGAUCAUCUCCGGAAGUGCUCCCUCGAGACGGUACCCCCGUGGCAUUUGCAUGAUAAUCGCAGGGUGUGUGGAUUGAAAUAAAACGAAAUUAUUACUCCCCGGGGGAUAGACGAGCCGGAGUGUGGAUAACAAAUAUGGCGGAUUGGUGGGCUUUAGAGAGGGUGAAUAGCCGGUGAAACAUGACAAUAUUUAUACUAAUGACGUCAUCGGGUCAGCGAGCUAGCGGAGAUCAGAGAUCGGAGUGAGUCUAGGGGUGUGAUCUACCCCCCGGAGGAUUCCUCCUCGCCUCCUCACAGUAUUCCGUCGUGCCUCCACAUGACGACUGUUUGACUUCCUCCACGAUAAAUGCUACCUCGCGCUACCUCGGGGUUGGAGAUUCGAGGGCGACAGGGGUGUGCUGUCUAGGUGAUCGGCAGGUGGGGUACAGUGAAGAGUAUUGGGGCUGCUAAAGGAUGGAGAAGGACCGCCACUACCGGGCAUACGAGGGCCUUAAAGCCGCGAACAACGGCAACACUUCGUCCCUGAAGCGCACGAACACACCCUCCAAAGCACAGACCAGGCAAAUCAGGUGUCUGUGCUUUGGGGGAGUCCCAGACAAGGCCAGCCAUCACUCCUUUUUCAAGGGAUUCAUAAUUAACCUCGGGAUUUGUGCUCUACUUGUCGCCUACACACUUCUCGGGAGCUUCAUCUUCUUGGCUAUCGAGGGUGGCGCUGAUGGCGGACUCCAGCAGAGAACUUUGCCCACCAUUGCUAAAAGCAAUGAACCCGUCGAUCGGAAUCUCACCGCCUGGUGGAAUAAGAUGCAUCGAGUUGCUCGAGAACAAACCGUGGAGAGUAUCUGGGGGAUAACGGAACAGCUCAAUAUUCUCUAUCGUGAGAAUUGGACGCGUCUCGCUGAGCAAGAGAUAGCAAAAUUCCAAGACAAACUUGUGGAUACAAUAACGGAAGACAUGAAAGCUAGGCAGCAGACAGAUACACACACUGAUGGCAAUGCCGAUGGGCCAACUAGUGAACGAAAAGUGCCGGAUUACGAGUGGAACUUCGCCAAGGCGUUCCUCUACUCACUCACUGUGCUGACCACCAUCGGAUAUGGCAGCAUAGCGCCUCGUUCAACUUGGGGGAAAAUAGCAACUAUGGGCUACGCGACACUUGGAAUACCUCUUACCCUCGUAUACCUGUCGAGUGCAGGUGGACUAUUAUCUCGCUGUGCUCGUGGUGUAUUCACACGUGCAUUGUGCUGCUGUCUCUGUUCAAACUGCGGCUACUGCUGCUACGACGAGAGACGGAUGCAGGAAAAAGAGAGACGAAUGCGAAGGAAGAGACAGCAGGAGGAAAUGAAUCAACAGCAACAGCAACAGCUUGCAUUGCAGGAGCCAUUUUACGUACGAGCCAAUGCCUCGACGUAUCCGAGUUCAGUUGAAAUAAAGGCGAGCCCGAAGGACGAAGUGUCGAGUCUUGGCUCCGGAGAUAGACCAAAUGUUACUAUUCUCGCACCAAUUAGCAUUUGCCUGGGUGCUAUGCUGUGUUAUAUAGUAGCCGGUGCUUUUACGCUAUACAAACUCGAGGGAUGGAACUUCAUAGAUGCCAGUUACUUCUGCUUCAUGAGUCUCAGCACCAUAGGCUUUGGUGACAUGGUGCCAGGUUCUUACCCUGAGAAUAAUUUCAAGGAAUCCACCAACAUAACCAUAUGGUUUUGCUCGUGCUACAUAAUGUCUGGUAUGGCACUGACAGCAAUGUGCUUCAACAUUCUUCACGACGAAAUUGUCCAUCGUUUAGCCCAUCAAACUGAGAAGAACGAUUCAGUUAAACCAAGUGUCAGCGUUGACGAGCUUUCAGCUGAUCCAUUUGCCUUGACAUCGUGACAAUUUCCAUCCAGUAAUUUGUGCCACAGAAAUGUUACUGAAGAGACACUGUGUGGUGAGCCACCAGUUAGUAUUUUCGCCCACGAGAAUGAAAUUAAUAUACUGAAGGAUAGUUAUAAUCAGGUUGAUGUCACGAGGGAUUGCAAGCCCAUCAUAAAGCUUGAAGAUCAUCUUGUUGGUCCAAUGUCAGCUGUUUAUACACUACCUGAAGUGGACGAAGAAGCUGAGGAGAACACGGAAAUAUGAAUUGUUCCCACUGGACAUCGAUACUGAGGGCAUUCCAUGGUGGAUCUAACCAACAACUUGGUAGGAAAAAAAAAGUUUUCUGGCGCAGCGAGACUCAUGUAUAACGUACUCAAAAGUUUGAGAUUGAGCCAUUGGGUGCUGUACACAUUGGUGGGAUAUAUCGAAAGAAAUUUCCACCCUUGGGUGCGCCAGAACUUUUCUAAUAUGUCGAACGAGUGCCGGCUCAUGACAGCUGACAGGGAUACAACUGCCAAAUGUUGGAAAAUUAAACAUAAAAUCAAUAUUUCUACUUGCUUGUCUAGAUAGGAACACUCACAAUGGUUCUUUUGUACUUCUGUAUAACUUCGUCCCGUCAGAAGUUUAUUCACAUUUUUGUCUGUAUGAUAAUGAUGGGGUAAGAUUUUACCAGGAGGUAAUGAAAGUCGUUGAUUGUCGACUCGUUAAUUUGUUGUCCUUGUCGUGUUGACUAACGAUUGGAGAGAAUUUAUGCUCAAGAACAAUAACUAAGAGUAAUUUUACGGAUAAAUAUAGAGAGACUAAGAAUGUUGCGUUUAGAAGGACUAUCCGAAAUGUUUUAAUAUUAAUAUUAACUUCAGAAAUGUGAAAUGGAGUAAUAAUUAGCGGUAGGGGAAGACGAUCCUCGCACAUUGGUCAAUGAAAUUCGGUGGAUUAAUUGUCGAAGGCCUGUUACUUCGAUGACAACGUGCAAAGCUCGCCUUAAGGUGAUUUCCAUUGCGAUUUGAUGGAGUAAUACAUAGGGGUACAUAAACUUUUUUUCGUUUUUAACAUAUCAUAACAUAAGUUGAGAUGCGAGCAAUGAUCCUGAAAUUAUGAACAGUAUUAUCGCAUUCAAUUCGUCAUUAUGAGAACAUGCUCGAACAAUCACUGAAUAUAACGCGUCACACUUACGAAAAUACAUUGACAAGGGGUGGAAUUGAUUUGUCACUCGUGACAGUUAAAUCGAUGAGCCUGCGAGAGAGCUGCAAAUAUCUAGCACGCACUUCAUUAAAGUUCCAUAACGAUUCCCAAUGACAAUUCAAGUGCCUCCCUUACCAACGAUGUCGUUUUUUUUUCAACCAUCUUCUCUAUCUCCAUUCAUUCGUUCAUUCGGUUUCUCUAUCUCUCUUCAUUUCUCAUUCUGCGAGACUCAAACCUUCAUCUCAACUCUCUGGGGAAAUAUCAUGGAAUCGCGCGACUGGGACAUUACGAACCACACGAUACUGUACCAAUCCCAGACUGUGUUCUGAGAGAGAAAGAAAAAGAAUUCUAUGAAAGUUAAAUGCCUUGGGAGAUAUUUCUCUUAUGUCGCGCAGCCAAUCGGUAUCGAUUUCGAUUUUAAUGAUGUAUUUUUUUCGAGUGAGAUUGAUAGAAUACGUAUUGUAUUUGAUGACGAAUGGGGUUGAAGGGGGAUAUUUUUUUUAACAAGCCCGGUAGGGAGCUUGCAACGAUUUUUCAUUCCAUCUUUUUUUUUUAUCGCAAGUUCGUGGACAGAAUAAUUUUGGGAAGUGUUGAAAUUGGGCAUUCGGGAGGGUUCCUUCGGUUUCACAAUUAUUAGUACAUGAUCAUCACGUGACGAUUUCUCGGAAAUUUAUUAAUGUGUGUCGAUAGAUAGGGCAGGGCCACAAAACGGAGGGAGGAUGAGCUUCGCGUCAGUUCUAAACACUCGAUCCUACGUUUCCGUCAGCCCAUAGUUGAUUUUUCGGGCCCGACGACGUGGCGUCUAAUCAACAAUUAAUAGUAUUUUUAUUGCACCGUUAAUGCCACACCGAAUGAUUGGUCAUGCAUAUUUAAGACAUUAUCGCGUCACUUCUCCGUGACUGCAAUCAAGGCCAGGUCGGAUUGCCGAUUGCAACAUGUACUGUUAAAUGGGCAAAUGACGACAUGUUUUAAAGAUAUUCCUUCGAGUACCGAAAUUUAAUUUCAAUAAAUGUUUUCAUGUACAUAAGACAGAGGCACUUUGUAUCAUAAAUAUAUAAGUAAUAAAUUUAAUAUUUAUCUCGUGUAUUCAAUUCAUGUAAAUACAGAAUGUAUAACACGUCCUGGUAGUGGUAUGUAAUAUCGUUGAUAAAUACAAAACUAAAGAGAGAAAAUUUUAUGAAUUACAACCACUGCAUUGUCUUCUAGAUGAAUGAUAAAUAUUUAAAAAAUAAACAGAACAAUUGUGAGGAAGGAAGCCUGGUGGUCUUGAAACUUCACUAUAAAAUUUGUCUCUCAGGACGAAAUAAAUGUAAAUAUUCCCUGGGGGAUGGAAAAAAUACGAUCACUGUAAAAUAUUCAUCACUAAAACACGACACUGAGUAUAAUCGUCUGUAUAAUCAAUGGUCACGCAAUGUAUCUUAUAAUGCGAAAUAAAAGUAUUGUCAAAA